UGAGUUUGAGUUGAAUAUUGAUAUCUUUAUUUGUAGAAAACAGAAUGAAGCAAAAGAGAGAUAAGAAAAUAACUGAACUAGAAUUACUCGAUAAGAGCCGUCUGGUUGUAAAGCAAUGCAGAAAUGGAGAACCUCUCUAUAGAAAAAUUGCUAAAGAAUUUCAUCAAAGUUUUGAACUCCCAGAAUUAGAAUUUCGGAAGACAAAGCUCCUUGAAAUCAGAAAUCUUAGGGGCAACAGACUCCAAAAAUCAGAAAUCUCACUUAAUAUGAGCCGAUACAGAUCUAUCAUCAGACAAAGAGCUGCUGAGCUAGAGGAAGAACGGAUGCGAAAAGCAGCAAAUGUAGAUUUCAAUCCUGAGAAAUACCACACCAAAACUCUUCAAAAAGUCCUUGAACAAGAUGAGAAAAUUAAGCAAGAGAAUAUUGCCAAAAUCCAUAAGAGACGUCUACUUGCUGAGAAGAAGAUGAGCUAUGGUAUGUUUGUAAAUCAGGCUCAUAAACCUCUUAUUUCUAAGAAAUAAGAGAUUAGAGAUGACCUUUAUUAAGCAAAAGAUUCGACACCCAGUAAAGCACAGUCGUAAGGUAUCCAGCAGCGCUGGAUACAACGAGCUGUAUAAUACCACGGGUAAGAACCCGUGGAGUUCAACUUCUCAACUAGCCAGAGGCUCUCAGAUUUCUAACUCAACUUUGCCUCAUUCUAGGACGCCCAUGAACCAAUUAAGAGGUCGCUCUUCACUCCUUGGGAAGAAGAGUAUCAACCAGGGGAUAAGAUUGAGACACAGAGGGACAGGAGUCUCAACUAUGACUCUUAAUAACGCCACAAAAGGUGGACAUCUUGAUAGCACUGCAACAGAAGUUCCUAGGACGAUUUCCUUCACUGACGUUGUAAAUAAGCUUCACAAGAAAUCGAGGAAGUUGAUUAUAAUGAAGAAAUCAAAGAGAGCAAUAAAGAAGAAUUCUGUAAAGCAAUGAUCGCCUAAGAGAAUACAUAACUACUCUAAAAAGAAACUACAAAAGGACAGAAUUAAGAGGUGGAAAAAGAGCAUCAGGAAAAUGUCCCAUAGCGUUAACUCUAGUAACAUUGAGAGAAUCAAGACAUUAGCUGAUAUGCUUGAGAAUGAAGCAGACCAGAGACAGGAGCUAUUAAACACAACUCAUGAGUUUGAUGUUAAGGAAACUCAUAAGAUCAAUGACAUGUACCUCAGUGCGAUUAAGGCCAAAUUUGCUCUCUUAGAUAUGGACUAAAUCCCCA